AUGGAACGGACGAUCAAUUCUAUUCUUUUUCUUGCAGGACUUGUGCUCCUCUUCUUCACUUCAUCUGGCGCAGCUCCAUUGGCUCCUACUUACAGCGUGCUUAAUUAUGGAGCCAAACCAGAUGGCAAUUUUGACUCAACCCAAGCCUUUGUUGCUGCAUGGACUUCGGCUUGUGGCUCCAUAAACCCCGCAACUAUUUAUGUCCCCCCAGGGAGGUUUUUGCUGCGCAAUGUGGUGUUCCGUGGCCAGUGCAAGAACAGUGCUAUUUUGUUUCGUAUUGAUGGCACGCUUGUGGCUCCAUCGAAUUAUAACAUUAUUGGAAACACCGGAAAUUGGCUUAUCUUUGAGCAUGUAAACGGGGUUUCCAUUUAUGGUGGGAUACUUGACGGUCAAGGCGCUGGCUUGUGGACUUGCAAGAGGUCAGGCAGGGGAUGUCCCAGCGGCGCAACGUCUUUGGGAUUCAGCAAUUCGUGGAACAUUGUAAUAAAUGGAUUAACAUCGCUAAACAGCCAAAUGUUCCAUAUCGUCAUCAAUGGUUGCAAUAACGUAAAAGUGGAAGGUGUAAGAUUGUCUGCCUCUGGAAACAGCCCAAACACUGAUGGCAUUCAUGUGCAAUCUUCGAGCAGUGUCACCAUCCUCAACUCCAGAAUUGGAACGGGCGAUGAUUGUAUCUCAGUUGGCCCUGGCACCAGCAAUCUGUGGAUUGAGAACGUUGCAUGCGGACCUGGCCAUGGGAUCAGCAUUGGGAGUCUUGGCAAGGAAUUUGAAGAGCCUGGUGUGCAGAAUGUGACAGUUAAAUCUGUUACGUUUACCGGUACUCAAAAUGGGGUGAGAAUUAAGUCUUGGGGGAGACCUAGCACUGGUUAUGCUAGAAACAUACUUUUUGAGCAUGCAGUCAUGACUGAUAUCGAAAAUCCUAUUGUGAUUGAUCAGCAUUACUGCCCUGACGAGAAAAAUUGCCCUGGUCAGGUUUCGGGAGUUAAAAUUAGUGAUGUUACAUACCAAGACAUCCAUGGAACAUCAGCAACAGAAGUUGCACUGAAGUUUGAUUGUAGCUCGAAGAAUCCCUGCACUGAUAUAAGGCUGGAUGACGUGAAGCUCACCUACAAAAAUAGACCAGCAGAAGCAGCCUGUAGUAAUGCUGAUGGAACAGCUUCUGGUUUUGUUCAGGCCUCAAGCUGCUUGUAG